UAUUGACAUUCAAAACAAUAACAACACGUGUUUUGGCCGUCAAAUUGGAUGGACAUCACCGGCAAACAGAUGCCAACCACGAGUGUCAACAACUGUGGUAACUAUCGUCGGCACCGGAACCGUCAUCUGCAGCACCAGCACGUGAUGGUUCGCACAGAACCGCUCAUCCGAAACAGCAGUCUUUGGGUGAAUAGCGGCGAAGCGGAUCCAAUGGCCGCGCGAUUCCCGGGCAUCGACUCCACGGACUUCUUGGACGCGAUCACCGGUCGGACCAGUUGUCGGCGCUGUCAUCGGUCGCGCAAAUACUACUGUUACACGUGCUAUGAGCUGAUGGACGGGUUGGCGGGUCGGGUGCCGCGGGUGGCGCUGCCCGUCGACGUCGAUAUCAUUAAACACGUCCAGGAAGUCGAUGGCAAGUCGACGGCACCGCACGCCGUGAUUGUGGCGCCCGACCGGUGCUCUGUCCGCACGUUUCCCGACAUUCCUGACUAUAGCGACCAAAAUGCGGUACUGGUAUUCCCGGCGCCCAACGCCCGCACACUUCAGCAUCUGAUCGAUGACUACAGACACGAUGUCGGACCUCAUCCGGACUCAGCCGUGGAUAACGGAUCAGUUGAAAGAGCGGACAAACAGCUGCCGUUCAAUCGGGUUGUGUUCAUCGACAGCACGUGGCGUCAGACCAAUCAUAUACUGCGCGACCCGCGGAUCAGCCCAUUGUUGGCCAACCGGACGGUGAUAUUGUCUGAACACGAGUCCCUGUUUUGGCGCCAUCAGCGGGACUCUCCCCGAACCUAUUUGUCCACAAUUGAAGCCAUUUAUUACUUCUUCAGUGAUUUGCAACACAUUUUGGAUGAAAGAGAUGGUAAUGGAGGACACAAUGACCACAGAUAUGACAAUUUGCUCUUCUUUUUCAAACACACUUAUAAUAAGUUGAGACUUAAGUAUAAUAUUUAAUGGCAUUAAUUGUUGUGUUAUUUCAUUAAAUCAUUUGUUUUUCAUUCAUAUAGUGUUUAAUCUAAUUUUUGAUACGAUUAAUAAAUUUUGCAUUUAAUAUAAA